CAACUCGUACGGUAAACACGUAAGAGAGCUGCCAUCGGUCUCGAAAUGAUAGACCCCGUCAAUGCCAAGCGCGUUAUGCAUUGAUUGCUGCAGUAACGGCGAUAAGCCGUCGCGACCGUAUAAUUAGUUCGAUUCCAAGGAUUAUGCAGAGAAUUGGGGCGCGGGCGGGGGCGGGGGAGGGGAGAGAUAACACACGCGAGGCUCGCUGUGAAUGUGGCGCAGAAGCAGAUAUGAUUGCAGUCCUUCGUCGAAUGCAGUGACGCGAGAAUGGCGGAAGGACCGGAAUUGAGUUUUUUCGAUUUGCGUACGGUGCACGAUCAUUUUGAUCAGGCGCUCAUGGAAAACGAUGAUAUUGACUUGAAGGCGUAUCUGGAUGCCUACAACGAGUUGUACAAAUUUUUUCAGUUAAUGGGCAGUGUCUUCAGUUUUGUGUCCUCUGAUUUGAAGCAGAAGAUAGACAUAUUGGCCGAGUUGAGAAACAAAGAUAAUCAGAAUUAUACAACCGUCAAGACCAUGAUCGAGUACGAAAGGGAGAAUAAACUGUUGGAGAAGGCCGACUUCGUUAAUGGCGCACGUACUUUACUACGGUUACAUAGAGGUUUAGAUUUUAUUAGGGAAUUUUUACGGCAACUGGGUGAUCUUACGGACGUCGACAAGACGUCCAGUUGUUGUCAGGAUGCGUACAACAAAACCCUGGCGAAGCAUCAUCCGUGGGUGAUUAGGAAAGCUGCGAUAGUCGCGAUGUACACUAUGCCAACUAGGGAGAUGUUAUUGAAGAAGGUCUGUGGUGAAAAUGUCCAGCGAAACGUAGACAUUCUACCGAAGAUGUUGGAGGUGACUGCCGACGUGUUCGAUCGUACACACACGGUUUUUGAUAAUUAUCGGUUGCAUACGCUACCAUAAGCGAUAGUAGAGAGAUAAAAUGGGGGAGAGAGAGAGAGAGAGAGAGACAAGGGAGAGAGUGGGAGAAACAUUUAUAAAACCAAUGUUGCAUUUUGUCGAUACUAUUAUAGCUUUUCGAGGCACCGCACGCGAUAUUCCAUAUGUUCGAGAUAAUGUGAUAUAUACGUAAUUACCGUACUACUUGUCGAUGUAAUAAAAUAAGCACGCUCACUUUUGGGGACAUGUAUUUCUUUUAUGGGCGAUUUUACGUAUACUGAUGAUGUACAAAUAAUAGGCACGUACGUACUACAAUAAGUGUAUCAUUUUUAUAAGAUGACAUGUUUGUUGCGGCUUAGCGCGCGUGCACAAAAUUUAUUUCGCCACGCGAACAGGUCUGAGCAUAUCGCGUCGUUUCUCUUCUCCGCUCGAAUGCUCGCGUAUAUUGAUUACAGUCUGUAUUUCGAUGUUUCUAUAACAGUAUUGUAUAAAAACUUAAUAGCGAUAAAGUGAAGGGACGGGUAAUAAGAUUAUACAGCCUGUCUCAUGUGUCGCUAUCUAAUGCUUAAAUUGACGCCGAGUAUUUAAUUGGUGAGAGAGACAGAGAGAGAGAGAGAGAGAGAGAGAGAGAGAGAGAGAGAGAGAGAAAUUUCUCGGGGAAAUGCCGUAUUCUCUCAGAGCGAAAAUCCU